GCGGGCGUCGUGCCAUAGAAGCUCUCCAUCCAACAUCUCAGCGUCCGAUUCUAGAAUCUGCGUGAAAAUGACGGCAUCCUAUUUAUUUCUCAUUGCCCUCAGCAUCGCAGGCCUCUGCGUGGGCUCCCAGCACGAGGCUAACUCGUUCCUGGAUCGCAUCGGGGCGUUCUACGUCAAGAAGCCCGUUGAAUGGAUGGCCCUCGACCCUGCCCACCUUCCGUGGACCAAUUUCUCCGUGAAACACACGUCCCUUCCCGGAAAGAAUGUGACCGUCGUGAUGGACCACGGCAUCUUGCACGGCCUCUCGGGCGCGCUCCAGCGGGUGGGAGACUGCCAGCUGCGCCAGAAGAACAACCAGAACGUGACCGUCACCUGCAACGCGACCCUGGACGGUCUACAGGCAAACUUCAGGGCGUUCGUUCAGCACGACCAGGUUCCCUUGACCACGGCAGGGGCCGACUAUCUGGUGGGCCUGUCCAAGGAGGAACGAUUGGAGAUGGAGUUUACGGUGAAGGAUUCGCGGGCCCUGUUCCAGAUCACGGCUAUCCCAUGGAGCCGGUGCAGCCUGAAGCUGUUCAGUGUUUCCUCAAUGGACACGGACGUCACGCUAAGCAGAGAACCCACGCUCGAAGACGGGAUGAAAAGCAAAGUUUUCGAGAAAGCGCGAUCUCGGGUCGCGGAAAUGAUCAAGGACGUCCUCCAGAGCCACUUCAAAGACGCGCUGGACAAGGCAUCCCGAGGAGCGUACAUGAGAAUAGAUUGAGGUGCUCUUUUGCAGACGCAUGCAAUAAGAAACGGCUUCCUCCUUCUAACAGACAUAAUUUCAUUCAAUAAAGAGUUUUAUACAUGCA